GUGAUAAUUAAAUAAAUGAAGGUUUUUGCUAUGAUGGCAUUAUUGCUGGUAGCAGCAUACAGUCAAUCAAAUGAGAUUGAUGUAGUAUUAAAGAUGCUAGGUGAUUUAAAAAAUGAGACAAACAAACAAUUAUAAUAAUUGGCUAGCGAUUGGGAUGCAAGUAGAUAUGUAAUUGAUUAUAUAUGAAAUUAAACAGCAAAAACAAGACAUUGUAAAUGAUUUAAUGAGAUCUGCAUCAACAUAAAGAGGUGAAUGUAAUAGAAGAGAUUAAGAGUGGGCAAAUAAAGAACGUGAUAUUAGAAUAACACUAAGUUAUAUUAAUUGGCUUGAAAAAAGAAUAAAAGAAAAUAAUGAAAGGCUUUAAAGAUUAGAUAUUAAUAGAUGUGAAUCUAAUGCUAAUUUCAUAAAUGAUAUAAAGAAUUCAAAAAAGACUUUAAAUUUAAUUGCUUUCUUAAGAAGAGCAAUAAAGAAUGCAAAAGAAGUAAUUUAGUAAGUAAUAACAAUUAGACUGAUUUACCAACACUAUUAUAAUCUGCUUAAUUCAUUUAACUAAAAUCAUUUUUAGCUGAUGAUGGUGAAGAACCAGAAUUGACAAAUGAUGAUAAUGAACCACCUCAUGUUUAUGAUGAAGCUGAACCUGUUGAAACAACUGAUUCAGAAGAUCAAUCUGUCGAUUCAGAUGAAUAAGAAUCAUAAUCAGAUACAUAAUCAGAUACAUAAUCAGAAACUUAAACAGAAGAUGUUGAAUAAGAUUUUUAGGUUGAUUCUGAUGAAUAACCUGAAGCACCAGUUCCUGAACAUCCUUUUGAAGCAGAAGAAAAAGCUACUAAUGAAUAAUUAGCUAAAGAAGCUGCUGCCUUUAAUAAAAUUAUUGAAAAAGGAUAAAAGGCUCCUGCUUAAUAAGGAUCUACCAAAGAUUAUUCUCAAUUCACUGUUGCUUAAUAAGAAUUACUUAAUUUCUUAGAUAUCUUAGAAGAUUAAGUAAGAAAUACUUUUGGACAGAAAUAAGAUAAUUAAGUUACUUCAGCUAUGGGUUAUAGUGAUUUUAAAGGAUUAAUUCAAAAAGAAAAUGAAACAUUCAAAGGACAUUUGAUAGCUGAAGAUGUUAAUCUAGUAUUACAUUCAAUUUAUGCAAUAGGAAAAAUUAUAAAAUUAAUUGAUUACCAUCUUAUAAGCCACUGCAGCUUGCAAAGAUAGAUUAAAAAAAAUAUAAAAUUCUAUUGAUCUUGCUAAUGAAGUAUCUAUUUUAAAUAAUAUUGUAAGGAUUUGACUGCCUCAGAGAAUCACUUUAAAUCUGUAACUGAAACUCUAUAAGAAGAGCUUAAUACCUUUGAUGAUGUUUACAGAAUUUAUUCAUCCUAAGUUGGCUCUCAAAGCUCAUCAUAUAAAAAAGAUGUUUAAGCCAAAAUUACCAACUGAUUAUGUUAAAUCAUCAAUACAUUGCAAUUAUUAUAUAAAUCUAAG